AUGUUCAAAUAUCUCUUUAAUCGCGGCACAGGGCCGCUGCUUCCCGUGGCUCUUUUUAUCGCCUCAGCUUUGGCUGAUGUGGAAGCGCUUGGAAAGGCCGGCCAAAAGCCGCAAGCUUCCUGGGUGCAGUAUGAGCCCCCUUAUGUAAACCAGGGGAGCCGUUUGGCUGCUGCAGCAAAUGAGCCAGUUUAUGAUGAAGUAGCAGAUGACACAGCAGCAACUGCAGCAGACACAUCAGCAGCAGCAGCAGGAUCUAGACGCUUCUCCACUGCUUCAAACAGGUCCACAGUGUACGACGACGCAGCAGACGCAGCAGCAGUACAAGCAGCAGAAGCAGCAGCAGCACGUGCAGCAGCACCUGCUGCAGCAGCACCUGCUGCAGCAGCACCUGCUGCAGCAGCACCUGCUGCAGCACCACCAUCCAGACGUUCCUCUCUAUAUGGGCCCACAGUGUACGAUGACGCAGCCGAUGCAGCAGCAGUACAAGCAGCAGAAGCAGCAGCAGCAGCAGCACGUGCAGCACCACCUGCUGCAGCACCUGCUGCAGCACCUGCUGCAGCAGCACCAUCUAGACGUUCCUCUCUAUAUGAGCCCACAGUGUACGAUGACGCAGCAGAUGCAGCAGCAGUACAAGCAGCAGAAGCAGCAGCAGCACGUGCAGCAGCAGCAGCACCUGCAGCAGCACCAGCGCCUUCAAUAACAGCAGCACCUGCAGCAGCAGCAGCACCUGCUGCUGCAGCUGCACCUGCUGCAGCAGCAACGCCAUUGUCUAGACGUCCUUCUGGUGCUGCAUAUGAGCCCACCAUGUACGAUGACGCCGCAGACGCAGCAGCAGUACAAGCUGCGGAAGCAGCAGCAGCAGCAGCAGCAGCAGGAGCAGCAGCAAACGCUUACGCGGAUGCGUUUCUGGAGACGGUGCAGCAGCAAAUUAACAGCAGCACUGCAGAAGCACUGCAGCAGCCAGCAAGGUACUGCAACGGCCCGGGCGAAGACAGCAGCUACUGCUACGUCUUGAGGGAGUUUGCAGCAUCGCUGCUGUCGUACUCCGGUGUUGAGUGUGUGCCGCGCUCGGUGCCUUCAAAGAAAUCAAAGAAAGUGAAAAUGGCCUUUAUUGACCAGCAGCACAGCGCAAGGCCCCACAGCUUCGCAGAAGUGCCGACUCAAGAAGAAGUUCGCGCGCGAGAAGAAGCAGCAGCAAAGACUUAUGAGCAGCAGCUGCAGCAAGCGAAGCAGCGGGGUGAACAGGCCCUGGCCGAAGCGGGUCAAAGAGGAGAUUUGAAGGCAAUAACAGAAGUAGCGGAAAGGGUUUAUUUAACGCAGGCCAUGCUGCAGUCGUACAUCUUGGUGACGAGCGCGAAGGUGUCUCUGCAGAACUUGAAGGCCCUUUUGCUGGGAGGAAGGGGCCAAUUAAUUAUUCCUUUAUCUGAAAUAUAUUUAUUUUUACUUGGCCAAUUAGAAGGGCCUUUAGCAAUAGGGAGACACUUGAUAGACUUGGUGCUGCAGCUGCUGCAGGCUGCGCUGGAAGCAGCAGCAGCAGCAGCAGCAGCAGCGGCGGACGCAGCAGCAGCAGCAGCAGCAGCAGACACCCACGCCGCCCGCGCCAGCCUCCAGCUCAACGACUUGGAUGCUUUGGUCCAAUAUGUUGCAAAAAGAAAAGCUGAAUUAACUGCAACUUUAAAUAAAAAUAAAAAUGAAAUUGAUUUCCAAAUCAAGCAGGAACUCCAGGUUCGGGUGUACGGACACCUCACGCAGCAGCAGCAGCAGCUCGUCGUCGACCGCGUUCUCCAGGCAGCAAACAACACAGCCACAAGCAGCUUCCAAAUCUCAACAGCAAUUAUCCAGAGCGGAGGUGCUGCUGCUGCUGCUGCACCAGCAGCAGCAGCAGCAGCAGCAGCAGCACUGCCGCAGCAGCGCCGCUACCUCAUGCGCUUUGGGGGCCCCCCCGCGGGGCCCCCCGCAGGGGCCCCCGCAGGGGCCCCCGCAGGGGCCCCCGCAGGGGCCCCCAGGGGACCCCCACCAGCAGCAGCAGCAGCAGCAGCAGCACCAACUGCAGAAAGAGUGCGCAUUGAAUACCAACCCUCAGGGGGCCCCCGCAGGUACUCUUUCGAGGGUUUGGGAGAAGCAGAAGCAGCAGCAGCAGCAAAAGAGUUGGAGGGACUUAAAGAGAUUGGCAGCAGAUUGGCAAGGGGACACAAAGAGACUGUCUUCCAUAGCGUCACUGCGGAAUAUGUGUUGGGAAACCGCGGGACUUCGGAAGACUUUUGUUCUGCGGAAAUAAAUUUAUUUUCGACAAAAAAAGGAGAAAAAAAAGAGACAGUUGGAGACAGUUUUUUAGACAGAGCAGCAGCAGCAGCAGCAGCAGCAGCGCCGCAGCAGCCAGCAGCAGCAGCAGCAGCAGCAGCAGCAGGAGUCGCUGUGUUCACCAGCACCGAAGACAUUGAGGCCCGCGCCAAGGCAAUUUGUUCAGACAGAAAACUCUUUGAAAUAAUCGAAAGAGACCCAGUUUUGAACGACAGGCUCCGACUCCGCGUGCAGCGGCUGCAGCAGCAAGGAAUUGUCCCUUUCAUGAGAGAAGACUGGGACAGAACUCUUGGAGGCCCAAUGAACGCCGCCUUAGUUGAUUUGCUGCAAACAGGAAACGGAAAGAAGGGCAAAAAAGUUGCCGCGAACUUCGUCUUCUCCGCAGACAACUCCCUCAUGCAAAUCGAAGCCAAGUUGAAGCGCAUUGGCGGCUUCGCCGUGGCUUACUUUGGCAUUGGCCAGCAGCUGCAGCAGAGCCCCGAAAUCAGCAGCAGCAGCAGCAGCAGCAGCAGCGUGAGAAGCAGGAGAGAACAGCUGGGGAGACUGCUGGAGACUCUGGAGAGCUUUGAAGGGGUGAAAAGAAAAAAAGAAAAGAUUGGAGCAGCAGCAGCAAAAGAACUUUUGUCAAAUUUGGAUUUGCUGCUGCAAUUUGCAAACAUAGUGAAGCGCGACAGCAGCAGCAGCAGCAGCAGCAACUUGCUGCUGCACACCUGGGUGCAGCUCCGCGCCACUGCUGCUGCUGCUGCUGGCUUCCUCCCCCGCGGCAGCAGCAGCAGCAGCAGCAACGCAGCACUUGUCUUCACCAAACUUUGGAUUGAAAGUAAAGGAGACAAAUUCAAUCCGAAGCAAAUCAACAAGCCCUUUGGCGCAGCACUCACUUCUGCGGGGCUGCAAAUGGCGUUCUUUCUGCACACGGCGGUGGAGGAGUUUCGGAGUUCUUUGCUUUCGAAGUUGGGAGCAGCAAUAAAGUCUUUUUUCUCGGGAAUGUUUGGAAAAAGCAAAAAGGGGAAAAUGCCUUCGGGGUGGCAGCAGCUGCAGCAGCAGCUGCAGCAGCAGCAGCACGUCCGCAGCAGCAGCUACCAAGGCUCUCUUGCUGCACUGCAGAGCCUCGCCAAUGUCUUCAGAAGCAGAUUUGUCAAACCCUUGCUGCAGCAAAGAGACAGUCCCUUUUUGCAGCUGUUCUUCGUCAUUAUUCAGUCCCUCGUGGGCCUCUGGAUAAACCCUAAUCCAGGGUUUGUGGUCUUCGAAAACCCUAACCAGCCCAACGCCAAAAAGCUCUUCUACUCCUUCCUCUUCCUCCACCCCAAGGGUCCCGCCUACGUCGCAAUGAAAGUCAUUCAAGACAGCUGCGGAGACCUGGGGAGUUCGAUUGACUUAGGGUUUGUGACGGACGUGAAGGACGCCUCGCGGGCUUCUUCUCCAAACCCUUCUUUUUAUUUGUCUCUAAACCCUUUGCCAAUUAAAAACGAAAAUAAACUUUUAAAUGAAUUAAAUAAACUCAUGGCAACUUAUGCAAACCCUCUUUCCAUUCUCAAAGCAGCAAUUGACUUCUCUUACAGAUGCAGGGGGGCCCUUCCCUCUCCCCAGGGGGGCCCCCUCGAGGGGGCCCCCCAGGGGGCCCCCCUUGGGGCCCCCCAGGGCACUUUCCCGGGGGCCCCCGUUGGGGGCCCCCCGGAGGCUUUCCAGGGGCCCCCCAUGGGGGCCCCCUCGCAGGGGGCCCCCCCGGAGGGGCCCUUGGAGGGUACUAGCCAGGGGGGCCCCCAGGGGCCCCAGGGGCCCCCCGGGGGCCCCCAGAGGGCCCCCUCGAGGGGCCCCAAAAGGCCCUUGCCAGAAAUACCCCAAAGAGCCUUCCCAAGGGGCCCCCAGGAGAGCGGGGGGGCCCCCAAAGAAGAUCUUCCGGAAAACAUUUAUGCAGAAAUUGAAGAACCAAAAGGAGACAGAAAAGGGUUUAGUUUUGAAGAGACAAAAAGGGGGAAUAGAGACAGAAGAAGUGCACGGAGGACGCUGUCGCCCGAAGCCCAGCUGCAAGUUCUGAGUUCCAAGUUGGCUCUGGACAUGUGGUGUCAGGCCUACAAAGAAAUGAUUUUGCGGCAAAUGGCAGCAGCAAAAGGAAAGAAGCUGGAGGCCUUAAAAGCUGCGUUGGAGGCGGCGCUGGAGUCUUUGUCGGAAGUGACAAUUGCGGGAUCUUUUUUGAAAGAAAAAAAAGAAAAAAGGAAAAGAAAUGAAUUAAAUGAAAGCCAAGUCCACAACGCAGUUGCUUUCAAGUGCAAGUGGUUCAGUGGACAUACACUCCAGGAGGCCAUGGCCGCCGAAAGAGCCAACAUGGUCUCUCACGUUCUUUCAACGAGUCGCUGGUCUUUGUCUUUGUCUGGAAUGAAGAAAAUGCUGAAGAUGAAAGCAGCAGCAAUUUUGCGGGGAAAGAAAAAGAGACAAAUUGCUGCUGCUGCUGUGGGGCUGUUUCACGUGGGCACGGAGAAGUGGAACGGAGACAGUUUUGUUUGGAAGUUGAAUUAA